AUGUAUUACUUUCCUCUAGUUCCUCGAUUGCAGAGGUUGUAUGCAUCUAAUGCUACAGCAAAUGAUAUGAAGUGGCAUGCAAAUUCAGUUGAAGAUGGAAUCAUGCGUCAUCCCUCAGACUCGCUUGCUUGGAAGCAUUUUAACCGCAUUUAUCCUGACUUUGCAUCUGAAAUUCGAAAUGUCAGGUUAGGUCUAUGCACGGAUGGUUUUCAACCAUUUGGACAAUCAGGGCAGCAAUACUCCUCAUGGCCUGUGAUACUAACAACAUACAACUUGCCUCCUUGGAUGUGUAUGAAGGCGGAUUAUAUGUUCUUGACCGUAUUGGUUCCAGGUCCAAAAAAUCCAAAAGAGAAGAUAGAUGUUUUUCUCCAACCGCUUAUUGCAGAGUUAAACCAAUUAUGGGAAGUAGGUGUUCAAACAUAUGAUAUUUCUAAGAAGCAGAAUUUUCAGAUGCGAGCUGCCCUUUUAUGGACAGUUAGUGAUUUUCCUGCAUAUUCGAUGCUAUCCGGGUGGAGCACUGCUGGGAGGUUAGCUUGUCCGUAUUGCAUGGACAAAUCAGAUGCCUUCACCCUAAAACAUAGUGGUAAGCAAUCGUGGUUUGACAAUCAUUGGAAGUUUUUGCCAGCGAAUCAUCCAUUUCGCAAGAAUAAGACAGCGUUUUUCAAGAAUAAAGCGAUUACAACUGAGGCACCGCUUGUUUGGUCAGGAUAUGAUAUCCUUGCAGAGAUUGAGACUUUAGGCCUUAAGAAGGUCACUAAAUUGGAUGCUGCUGAAGUUAAUCGAUUAAUUUCCAAAACUUGCGGUUGGAAGAAACGAAGUAUCUUUUGGGAUUUGCCGUAUUGGAGUUCACACUUGGUACGACAUAAUUUGGAUGUCAUGUAUUGGAGUUCACACUUGGUACGACAUAAUUUGGAUGUCAUGCAUAUAGAAAAAAAUGUGUUUGAUAAUGUGUUCAACACAGUUAUGGAUGUUAAAAAUGUGUUUGAUAAUGUGUUCAACACAGUUAUGGAUGUUAUUGGAAAAACAAAGGACACAUAUAAAUCUAGAGAAGAGCUGAAUGAUUAUUGUCGGCGGCCUGAGCUGAAGCGAAACCUUAGGUUAAUACCAAUUGCAUUUCGUGAGUUGCUACCGCUAAAUGUUUGGAAAGUUCUUACAGAGUUGAGUUUAUUCUUUAAGAACCUUACUUCCACUACAAUUAGAGUUGAGGAAAUGAUGAAACUCGAGAAUGAUAUACCUCUCAUUCUUUGUAAACUUGAACGUAUAUUUCCUCCUAGUUUCUUCGACUCCAUGGAACAUCUACCAAUCCACUUAGCUUAUGAAGCAAGGAUUGCUGGUCCAGUUCAAUAUAGGUGGAUGUAUCCAUUUGAGAGAUACCUUCGAAAAUUGAAAAAUAAUGUCAAAAAUAAAGCGAAGGUCGAGGGCUCUAUAUCUAAUGCAUAUUUGGUGGAAGAAGCAUCAUCGUUCUGUUCAUACUAUUUUGAGGACCAUGUUAGCACGAAACACAGAAAUGUCCCUCGAAAUGCGGAUAGUAGUGAAUAUGUAGUUGAUGAACAUAAAGAAACUCUUUCUAUAUUUAAGUAUUCGGGUCGAGCAUUUGGAAAAUCAAAAGCGAGAUAUAUGACAAAUGAAGAGUUUAAAGCUGCUCAAACCUAUGUGUUGUUAAAUUGUUCAGAAGUGGAGCCAUUUAUUGAGUAA